UUCAAGAAGAGAAGGAAGAAGAAGCCGCAGCAAGUUCCUCCUCUUCUUUCAACAAUUCAAAUCCCAAGAUUGAUGAUUCCAUAACUGAUAACGGAUAACGUAUAGCGCAGAUUUCCUCCAAUCACACACUGAAGGCUGAUGAUAAAAAAUGGAUGCUUGGUUUGAGAGAGCAGGAUGGUUGGCGUUGUAUGCAUUAAUCCUCGGUAUGGCCUUCAUCUUAUGGAGGAAGUUUGUCGAGGGUGGUGUAUGCCGGAGUGGGGAACGAAUGGACGGCAAGACUGUCGUUGUCACUGGAUCAAACACUGGGAUGGGAAAGGAGAUUGCUGCAGACAUGGCGAGCAGAGGCGCUCGGGUCAUCAUGGCGUGUCGGAGCAUGGAGAGGGGCAAUAAGGCCGCUGAUGACAUCCGAAGGAAACUUGGAGGAGGCGGGACGCUGAUCGUGCAACAGAUUGAUCUCGGUUCCUUGAAAUCUGUACGAAUGUUCUGCAAGACAUUCUUAAAGACAGAGAAGAGACUGGAUGUGCUCAUUAAUAACGCAGGGGUUUUCUUCUGCCCCCAAAUGGUGACCGAGGAUGGUUUUGAGUACCACUUUGGUGUCAAUCAUCUUGGACACUUCCUACUUACAAACCUCCUCUUGGAGCUUCUCAAGAAGACUCCCAACAGUCGUGUUGUCCUAGUGUCAUCGUUCACCUAUAACUUUACCAGUUUGGAUUUUGACAAUCUCAAUUAUAAGCAUUCAUACGGUCGAAUGCAGGCAUACAUGCGCAGUAAGCUGGCUAAUGUACUGUUUGCCAAGGAGUUGGCGCGUAGGACCAAGGGAAUGGGCAUAGAUGUGUUUUCUCUCAACCCAGGUGGUGUCCACACUGACAUCACAAGGUACCUUCUACCACAGUGGGCUAUGCCUGUGUGUGACCCUUUAAUGGCGUUAACAAUUAAGAGCCCUCGAGCCGGUGCCCAGACGGCUAUUUACUGCGCUGUUGCUAGUGAAGUGCAGGGCAUGAGCGGAAGCUAUUUCAGCGAUUGUAAGGAAAAAGCAGUAGGGAAAGAUGGCAUGAACGAGGGAAUUGCCAAAAAGUUAUGGGAAGUCAGUGAAAGAAUGACCGACCUUUGAGGAUCUGAAUUCCUAAAAUUCAUUUUAAAAGUUCACACAUCAAAAUCCGAGGGGGCUGAUUUCAUAAAGAGGUAAGAUUGAUCUUAAAGGUAUGGUCAUCUGUUUCUUUCAAUGGAAUUCUGAUUUAUUGGCGAAAUGAUCAAGAAAGAUACAAUGAAAGUCACAGCUUUAAUGAAUGGACACCAACCCUCACAAACAUGAGAAACAAUUAAUGCAUGAAUUGUUUCUCAGAUUUAAAUGUUUUAUUUAUUUCAAAUUUCCUUCUAUUUCACAUUAUUGCAGCUGCUAUUCUGACUGUUAACUAUUAACUUUUUUGACAUACAUGUAUGAAGGCUAUUAUGUAUUGUUGAAAACCCAAGUGGUCAACAAGGUAGCUGGAAUGGUCAACAAUUUUAAGGGGGGGAUACUUAUUUUUGGUCUAUUGAAAUAACUAGUGGUCUGGGAUUGAAGAUUUUACCAACUUGAGCACUAGGCCAUUAACACCAAGCAUUUAAAGACACUGGACACUGUUCGGUGUCCAGUGAAUUACGGGUUCAUUUUAAACACAUGUCAUGACAUGGCGAAAUGUGCAGAAAACAAGGGUCGGUUUUCCCGUUUUUUUCUGAACUCAUGUAUUUAUGUGGAAAAUAUGCCACUAAGUGUAAAUAAAUUUCCCAUUAUGACCAGUGUAGUAUCUUGCCUGCCAGAAAGGUCCUGUAAUGACCAUGGUCACUGUUUUUGUAAACAGCAGGGCCCAGUUUCAUGGAUCUGCUUACUGUAAGCACAGAAUCGGCGCUUACGGAAGAAUGGAAUUACUAGAAUGGAAUUGCUUAUGGCAAGUGUAUUUUAGCGGCAAAUUUUGGCUUCUGCGGUGCGCACUCAACAUUACUAGGCAUUGCAUUCUACGCUUACAAGGCUAGCGCUGAAGUACAGCGCUUGCAUUUAAGCAGGGAAUGGUGAUCGUAAGCGCAGAAUUUGGCGGUAAGCAGAACUAUGAAAUUGGGCCCAGGUCACUUGGGCUGUACUGUACACUCAACAUAAAUGUUGGUGCUAUCUGAUUUGAUUUUGACAUUUUUAGCUUGUGUUUCUAAUAGUAUUGUAUAUUCCCAAAAUCAUGCAAUACAAUUAUUUUGCUUCAAAUCUUUGUAUAUUUUAGAUUGAUUUUCAAAUGCCAGGUACGGCAGACGAAGUAGUCUUGGUGCAAGACGUACCUGUUUCUAUUUCCACAAACUUCCACUUAAAGAGGGCACUUUCAAUCCACCAACUGCUUAGCGGAAGUUUGUGGAAAUACAAAACAUGGUCAUCUUGCACCAAGACUACAGUUGAAGUUGUUUUUAGUUUAUGUGUUUUUAAAUUCUCUGCAAUCAGGUUACAUUGCAAUCAGGUUACAUUAUGAAGUUGUUAUUACUUGAUAUUAUUUGAUGUAUUAUUUGCAGGGUAAAUGUGGCAAUUGUUGAUUUUUGUAGAAAGUACAAAUACAAGCCAAUGUAGAUAUCUAUGCAAUGAACCGGUAAAUGCUUUAUUGUUUUAAAUAUUAACCUCUUAAAACAUAUUUUUUUCUGGUUUAUGAUAUUGAUUUAAAUGCUUCUUUUUUUCAAGAUUUUAAACAUGAUUAUAAUCACAUUUUUUAAAUGUCCAUUUUGCGUGGCGUUUUGCGAAAAACUUUAAAAGGCAACUAAUUUUAAAACUUGAAAUUUGCGCAAGAAUUUGUUUUCAAGAAAACAUUAUUAAACUUUGUUUGUUUCCUUCUUAUUGACAACAACUUUGUUCUUGCAGGGUUAGUUUUGAUGUGCAUUAGAUAAAUAGUUAUACCAGUUAUUACUAUAGUAAUAUAAUAAAAUAGUUUUGAUCCCUUUAAAGUGUUUUUAAAAACACAGAAGUUGUUGCAUAUUUAAAGGGAAGCGAAAUGAUUAGGAUAUUUUGUUAUGUAACAUCCCUAUAUAUAUUUUUUAAGAACCUCAGAGCAAAAGUUCACAUAGUUUUUUAAACUAAAAAAAAAACUAGCUAAACACAACAUUAUGCUUACCAGAAAGAAGUUGUCAGCUAAAAUACCAUUUCACACAUAGCAUCUUUGACUGAUAUCUUGCUUAUUGUUGCUUAGCAUAAAUGUUUUAAGCAAUUUCAGGAAGGUAUAAAGGAACAUUUCAAUUUAGUGUGUGAUUCAUAUACAGUCAAAGCCAGAAUAAAAAUGUGCAUUAAAUUGUCAAUAUUUGACUUUUACCUCAUUAAUUGUAGAAAAUGCAUUUUUUUUUUUAUGAUAAUAAUAAUGAACCAUUUUUGUGUAGCGCAUACAACAAUCACAGAGAAGUCUCUAUGCGCUUUGAGAUGAAAACAAAAGAAAGGUAAAAGUUAAGAGUGAUGUGAAGUAAUUACAAAAGCAAAAAUUAGUUGAUACAGAAAGCAAUACUGAAGGCUAUUGCAAAAAUAAAUGUGUUUUUAACUUUGUUUGUUUGAGUUGUGUCAGUUUAACUUUAAAUACUUGUGGCAAUCACUUAUAAUAUUUAAUUGUAUUGUUGAUGUGGUGUAUGUGCAGCCUACACCCGUACCAGUAUACAUGUAUGUCUGCAUAAUGAUCAAUA